GUAUUUUGUGUGUAAAUGCAUCCUGUGUAGGAAUGGGGAAGCACAUUGAAGGGUGCGCUGUAGCAGAAGUCAGCAGUGAAGCAUUCCUGGUGGAGGGAAGGAAUUCCUUUCAUACACAGGCCUUUGGAGGGGUCAGAGAGAACACUCCAUGCACUGAAGCAUAACGCUGAUGCUCUCCUGCUGCUCUGUCACUAUGCUGCUAUUUGCCCUGGCUUUUCUGCUCGUCAUCCUUCAGCCGUCCGCUGGGCAGUUCCCCAGAGUCUGUGCGAAUGUGCAGAGUUUGCUGAGCAAGGAGUGCUGUCCCCCCUGGGAUGGAGAUGGGUCCCCCUGUGGGGAGCUUUCCAGCAGAGGGUCCUGCCAGAACAUCCUUCUCUCCCUGGCUCCACUGGGACCACAGUUCCCUUUUUCAGGAGUGGAUGACAGAGAGGACUGGCCCUCUGUAUUUUACAACCGGACAUGUAGAUGUGAAGGCAACUUCAUGGGAUUCAACUGCGGGGAGUGCAAAUUUGGCUUCUCCGGGCUCAACUGCACUGAAAGGCAAGUGAAAACAAGAAGAAACAUCUUCCAGCUCACCGCCAGUGAGAAGAACAAGUUUCUUGCCUAUCUUAACUUGGCAAAGAACAUCCCUAGCCAGGACUACGUUAUUGCUACGGGCACGUAUGCACAGAUGAACAAUGGCUCCAACCCCAUGUUCAGAGACAUCAAUGUGUACGAUCUCUUUGUGUGGAUGCAUUAUUAUGCCUCUCGAGACACACUCCUAGGUGGGUCCAAUGUGUGGCGGGACAUUGAUUUUGCCCACGAAGCCCCCGGUUUCCUGCCUUGGCAUCGGGUCUUUCUGCUGAUGUGGGAACGUCAGAUCCAGAGGAUAACGGGGGAUGAGAACUUCACCAUCCCCUACUGGGACUGGCGAGAUGCAGAGGACUGUGAGGUCUGCAAUGAUGAGUACAUGGGUGGCAGACAUCCCACCAACCCUAAUUUACUCAGCCCAGCAUCAAUUUUCUCCUCGUGGCAGGUAAUCUGCACUCGGUCUGAAGACUACAACAGCCAACAAGCUUUAUGCAGUGCCACAAGCGAGGGGCCUAUAAGGAGAAAUCCUGGGAACAAUGAUAAAUCAAGGACCCCAAGGCUACCAUCCUCAGCUGAUGUCGAGUUUUGCCUUUCUCUGACUCAGUAUGAAUCUGGACCCAUGGAUAAAAUGGCCAAUUACAGUUUCCGAAAUACUUUGGAAGGCUUUGCUGAUCCUCAGACUGCGAUAUCAAACCCGGCACAAAGCGGUUUGCAUAACGCCCUUCACAUCUACAUGAAUGGCUCCAUGUCCCAAGUACAAGGCUCUGCAAAUGAUCCUAUCUUUGUCUUACACCAUGCAUUUGUGGACAGCAUUUUUGAACGAUGGUUGAGAAGACACAGGCCCAUGCUAGAAGUAUACCCAGCAGCUAAUGCACCAAUUGGGCACAAUCGAGAAAAUUACAUGGUCCCUUUCAUCCCUCUUUACAGAAAUGGAGAAUUUUUUAAACCCUCAAGAGAGCUGGGGUAUGACUAUGAAUAUCUGCAAGAACCAGCCCUUCAGUCUUUCCAAGACUUUUUGACACCCUAUCUUCAGCAAGCCCGUCAGAUCUGGGCUUGGUUGGUCGGAGCAGCUGUGUUUGGAGGCAUUGUUACUGCUGUGCUCACAGGGCUCAUCAGGGCCUGCCGGAAGAAAAAAGGAGGAACUUCUUCAGAGAUACAACCCUUGCUCAUAGAAAGUGAAGAUUACAACAAUAUAAGUUAUCAGUCCAAUUUCUAGAGGCCUCCAGUAACUCAGUCAUGUUACUAAGGUGCUAAUCAAGCAUGCAGUGUUUGAUUGAUGUUUACAAAUACCUUGUUGAGGUGUGCUGCAGAAGCAGGAUGGGCCGUCUCAAGUCUCUUUUAAUCUCCAAUGUCAUAGCAUCUUAUCAGAUCCACUCCUAAAAAGAUCUCCCAGAUUCAACAUAAGCUAUGAUGCCACCCAAAGAACACCGUGUAUUUCCUAUGCUUGAUUAAAUAAUGCUCCUAUGAAACCAGA